AUCCAAAAACAAGUUAAGAAAAAAGUCAGAAAACAGCUUUCCAUUUCUCAAUUCCCUUCCUUUCGCUACGGUUCAACGCCACCGACGUUUCCCUCCGCCGAUACCUCUGUUCAAAACCGAUCACCUCUGUCUCUGAGAGUGAAGGCGUCGGCCUUUUGUCUUACUCUGCAGCACCCAUGGAAGCUAGUGUUAAGCAGGAACUUAUCGAACCUUUACGCACGCAAGGAACGAGCAACAAUCACGAGGCAUCAAAUGUGUCUCCCUCGGUUAUUGAUCUCAGCAGUGACAGCGAGUCGGGUUCGGAAGAUUCGGAGCAGGAAGUAGUUGACGGAAUUUUGGGAGGAGAUACGCGAAACAUCGGACUCCCAAACGGAGUCGAUGGAGGGUUUUCGAAGAAGAGGAGGCUGAACGAGUUGGAAAUUGUUAAACCUCUAGGUUUUCUUCCGCCCGUGGCUCUAGACGAAAAGAAUUCCAUGGCCGUUAUUUUGCCCUUGUCAGCAGAGGCGGGUACUGGACAAGAGAUGAGGACUUCGAACGCAAAUGGUUCAGCCUGCAAACAGUUUUGGAAGGCAGGAGAUUAUGAAGGAGCUCCUUGCAGCAACUGGGACUCAUCAUCGGGUGGCAUGGACCAUGUUAGGGUUCACCCUAAGUUUCUGCAUUCUAAUGCGACUAGUCAUAAGUGGGCUCUUGGAGCUUUUGCUGAGUUAUUGGACAACUCGUUAGAUGAGGUUUCCAAUGGAGCUACUCAUGUUAAUAUAGACAUGCUUGUGAAUAAGAAAGAUGGGACCAAAAUGUUAUUAAUUGAAGAUAAUGGUGGAGGGAUGAGCCCCGACAAAAUGCGUCACUGCAUGUCAUUGGGUUAUUCAGAAAAAACCAAAUUAGCAAACACUAUUGGACAAUAUGGUAAUGGUUUUAAGACUAGUACCAUGAGACUUGGAGCAGAUGUAAUUGUAUUCUCACGUUGUUGUGGACAAUAUGGGAAAAGUGGCACACAGAGCAUUGGAUUACUAUCCUAUACAUUUUUGAGAAGCACUGGAAAAGAAGAUAUCGUGGUUCCAAUGCUUGACUAUGAAAGGAAGGGAGGUGAAUGGGCCAAAAUAGUGCGAUCUUCUCUUAGUGAUUGGAACAGAAAUGUGGAAACAAUCGUUCAGUGGUCUCCAUUUUCCAAUGAAGCUGAACUUCUCCGUCAGUUUUACUUGAUGAAAGAUCAUGGAACUCGCAUUAUAAUAUAUAACCUCUGGGAAGACGACCAGGGACAGUUGGAGCUGGAUUUUGAUACUGACCAACAUGACAUCCAAAUCAGAGGCGUCAACAGAGAUGAGAAGAGUAUACAAAUGGCAAAAAAAUUUCCCAACUCUCGGCACUUCUUGACUUAUCGGCAUUCUUUGAGGAGUUAUGCUUCGAUUCUAUAUUUGAGGCUCCCUCCUAGCUUUCGUAUAAUUCUUCGUGGGAGAGAUGUAGAACACCAUAACAUCGUGAAUGAUAUGAUGUUGUCUCAAGAGGUCACGUACAGACCUCAGCCAGGUGCUGAGGGGGUUGGCAAAGAUACAAAUAUGGUUGCCGUUGUAACCAUUGGGUUUGUAAAGGAUGCAAAGCAUCAUAUAGAUGUUCAAGGAUUCAAUGUUUAUCAUAAGAAUCGUCUCAUCAAGCCAUUUUGGAGGCUUUGGAAUGCUUCGGGAAGCGAUGGUCGUGGAGUUAUAGGUGUUCUAGAAGCAAAUUUUGUUGAACCUGCCCACGAUAAGCAGGGGUUUGAGCGAACAACUGUUCUUGCAAGACUUGAAGCACGGUUGAUACAAAUGCAGAAGACUUAUUGGGGUUCCUACUGUCAUAAGAUUGGCUAUGCUCCAAGACGAAAUAAUAAACCUACCAAUCGGUCUCCAGAUAGAGAAAGUUCCCCGGAUGAUUAUUCUUCACAGCCUUCACCUCAAUCAAAAAAGAAGUGUACUACAUUAAGUGGGAAGAAACCUGAUAAAGUAUAUUCAGGAAAAGAAACAGAGAAGUUUCAGAAAACAAAGGACUUCAGAUAUGGGCAUGUGCAUUCGAGUAAAGACCAAAACAGUAGUAUGACCCCUGACCCUGAGAAAUCGAGGGUAAGACCAUGUUCUUCUGAGCCACCUUCACCUUCUGGACUAGAAGUUAGGGUUGAUAACCUGCAUGGAGGACAAGCAAACGGUACUAGCAACGAGACAUUUCAUGGAAAUGAUGUUUCAAUGACAAUGAAAGCAUCGUCAAAUGGAGGUGUCAGUCAAGCUGAGCAAGGUGGAUUGGGUAGAAGAGAACCCCAACUGAAGGGAGGAGAUGUAAACGAUAGUGAGCGUUCCCUUUCAAGUUCUGAUUUUCAGAUGUUACAGCAGUUGAAGGAAGAAAAUGAAGAAUUGAAGGAGAGAUUACAGAGAAAGGAAGCUGAUCAUGAAAAAUUGGAGCAUGAAAGGGAGAGAUGUAAAUCACUUGAGGCUCAGCUUAAAGCAGCAGAGCUUAAAAUUGAGGAAUUGAAUAAAGAACAAGAAAGCCUAAUAGAUAUUUUCUCAGAGGAGAGAGAUCGCAGAGAAACUGAGGAGCGAAAUCUGCGAAAGAAGCUUCAGGAAGCAUCUAACACCAUCCAAGAACUGCUAGACAAGAUAAAAAUUCUGGAAAAAAGGUAAGACUCCUCAUGGUUAAUUGGUGAUCUGGAGCUUGGUGGUAAGUGGCACCUUCCUCGUCAAACGUAGAAUUUUUCAAGUUGGCCAUUCUAUGGUGCCUAUCGCCGCAUUUGCCAAGCCAUAGGCCCGUUUGAACGUGGGUUUUUUUUUUUUGGUUGGGCCGUGCAUUGUAUAUUUUGCCAGUCUUUAGUUGAAAAUGACCACUGAGACAUGCACAGGGUAGUUAAAAAAGAUUAUAAAUGCCGCAGAUGGUGUUCCUGCAGGGUAGUAUUAAGUGUCAGAAUUCCAUAGAGUCCUUGUAAAUUGAAACGGGAUGCGAAAUGUGUAUUCCUGCAAGAACAUACUUCUUCUAGUCGACACAUUUACUGAGAUUUACUGAUCAUCAUUGUACUUGUAUCUCUACAUUACAGUGUAUUGAAAAGUAGAAGAGAAGAAAAAACACAGAUUUACGUGGAAA